CUGCUUACAAGUCAGUUAGGGGACCGGGCGAGAGAGUUUAAGAUGGCGUCUAGCUUCCUGGACGAUUUAAUCUCGAACCCGUCAGCGGAUGCCGACGCUGUGUCCGCGUUAGUUGGAUCACUCGAGAGCCAGUUGAGUAAUGCAAAUGUUGGUGCUAGUAAUAACACACAAGGCGGCGGCUUGGUAUUUACGACAAGCUCUACUUCGGUUCCUCCACCGCUGCAGCCUGCCAAUGCCCCGUCCACCACAACGGCAACAUUCGCGGGAAACGGCAAUAGCCUGCACGCAACAACAACUUGCGCGCCAGCAACAUCAGUUUCGGUUGGAUCCGCGCUUUCAACGUCGUCUUCUACAGUUUCUUCAAUUCAUUUACCCAACACAACCACCGUCCAUUCAAUACUUCCAAAUGGCAACCCUAGUGGUUUGGUCAAUAUCCAGCAGUUUGCAGGAGGGGGUAUGGGUCUACCCAAUGGCACGCUGACCACAAGCUCAGGAACUGUUACGACAACAUUAUCUGGUUUGGUGAUCCAUCAGCAACAACAGAAGAUGGUUGCCUCAACAGCUACCUCUCAACAAGGCACGAUGAUCAUUCCGACAAAAGUAAACCCAACUGUAGCAUCAACAGCAGUGAUUGGACAACAGCAGCAACAACAACAUCAACAACACCAACAACACCAACAACAUCAACAAACUACUGUGCUGGGCACAAAUGGGACAGUCACUUCCCUGAAUCAGUCUCAAGUGUUAAGACAAGGAACCCAAGUGGUUCAACAACAACAGCAGACAACGGUGAUAAACAGUGCAGGGGCAGGAAUUCUUCCGGCGGGUGUGCAAGUAGUGAAUAUGAAUGCGAUGAGGCCACAAAAUGUACAAAAUAUACAAAAUAUGGCCGCUUUGAACAAUCCUGCUCAUCGGGCUCUUGCUCCCCGCGUUAUGUUGGCACCUCAACAGAUGGUUGGUGCCCGACCUGGACAAAUGGGAAUAACUUUACAAGCCUUACAAGGUUUCCAGGCUGCGGGAGCUCAGGGUCAUUUGCUCGUCAAAACUGAAACCGGGCAAUAUCAACUCUUACGAGUCGGUCCCGGACCUGUAGCCGGCACAACAGUCGGGUCACAGGUUGUUACCUCCAACAUUCCCUCGCUCCAAAACGUAACUAAUGUGGCUCAACAGCAACAACAGCCGCAACAUCAAGCUGUUCAGCAAUUAACUACCGCAUCAAAUACCGCACCUGCAAUGAACCAAAAUGUUGGAGCGACCUAUCGUUUGCAAGUUCCCGUCUCCACAACUAUUCAACCUGUGCCUGCCACUACGGCAGCACCCGUGGGAGGAAAUGUGUCCGUUACCACCACGAGUACUCCUGCUCCUGCCGCAGCUCCAACAUCGAACCCGGCAAGCAAUUCUGGACAGAUGACACCCGACACGGCCAAAGUUAAGUGCAAAAACUUUCUGUCCACUUUGCUUCGCCUAGCGAGUGAGCAGCCAGAGUCGGUGGCUACCAACGUUCAAAUGCUUAUCCAGGGCUUAGUGGAUGCAAAGGUUGAACCGGAAGAGUUUACAACAAAACUCCAGCGAGAACUAAAUUCCUCUCCCCAGCCUUGCCUCAUUCCAUUUCUCAAGAAAAGCUUACCUUACUUGAGACACUCACUAGCUACACGAGAGUUGCAUAUUGAUGGAAUCCGACCACCAGCCUUAUCUACGGUCAGCACUCCACAACCCAUGGUUGUACAGCAACAGCCUCAGCAACAGAGUGUAGUUAACCGAGUGAAUGCGGGUCCGACGCAAAUUCAAACGGUACGACCAAUGGGCGGUCAGGUUCGAGUCCAAGCACCUACAAUGGUUGGUGCCUCUUCCGUUGUUCUGUCCACUCCGCGGCUACCAAGACCGGCCGCAAAUAAAGCUACUCCAAAGGCUAAACAAGCUCAGCAGGCGCCAAAAGUGACUGCAACUGCGACAACAGCGGCGGUGACUGUAGCGUCCACGAUGAUGGCCGUUUCGGCCGUAAAGACUGAACCUUCCACCACCGACGCCCCAGCGCCUCUUUCGUUUACAAUCACCCUGCCUCCAGUCGGAGGCGUGACGUCAACAACGACUGCCACAACAGCCGGUCCAACUCCUUCAGUCAUGGUGGCCUCGACCUCCACGGUUCUGACAUCUAGUACAGGAACCAAACCGGUGACUUCAGCGCCUACAAUGUCCGUUGGACAAAGUGGUAUCAAAGGACCCGUAGUUGCAUCUACUGGACCUAAAGACGCAUCUAAGGAGAAAAAAGCUUUCACGUUUGGUUCAUCGCUAGCGGGUCUAGCUGAUAACGACAUCAACGAUGUGGCGGCCAUGGGUGGCGUUAACUUAGCGGAAGAAUCACAGCGUAUUCUUGGCUCAACUGAUAUGAUCGGCACUCAAAUUCGUUCCUGCAAAGACGAAAACUUCCUUUUCACCGGACCCUUGCAAAGACGAAUCCAGCAAAUCGCUUCUAGGAAUGGUCUAGGCGAUCCCAGUCCAGAAGUAGUUUCGCUUAUAUCACAUGCCACCCAAGAACGACUGAAAACGAUAUUGGAAAAGCUUGCUGUUACGGCGGAGCAUAGAAUGGAAGUCGUCAAGACAGAUGCCCGUUACGAAGUUCAACAAGACGUAAAAGGUCAGCUAAAAUUCCUCGAAGAGCUCGAUAAACUGGAGCGGCGAAGACACAGUGAGAUCCAGCGCGAAAUGCUUUUGAAAGCUGCAAAAUCCCGCUCGAAAGCUGAAGAUCCGGAACAGGCGAAAUUGAAAGCAAAAGCAAAAGAGAUGCAACGUGCUGAAAUGGAGGAACUUAGACAACGUGAGGCCAAUAUGACGGCUCUGCAAGCUAUUGGUAUAAGAAAAAAGCCCAAACUCGACCUGGCUGGUACUACCGGCUCGUAUAACCAGGUGCCUUUACGACCGCGUGUUAAGCGCGUAAAUCUUCGGGAUUUGCUGUUCCUGCUAAAAGAAGAGAAAGGAACUGUACGAUCACCACUCUUGUAUAAAGCUUAUCUCAAGUAGUCCUCUUUUGUCUCCGUCGUCUCUUAAAACACGUAAACAUUAACUUGUUUGUUUGCCCAUAAACAUGCCCGUUGUUAACUUUAUGAGAGAUGCACACAGGGUUUCUCAACGGGGAAAAAAGGAGCGUUUAAUUGGUGGUAAAAAAAAUGAGGCUCCGAUUGUCCCACCGACACUCUUUGUGUUAAUAACAGCAACAACAAUGUUAUGCAAUUCUGUUCUUUCCUCCUCCUCACCGCAUCUGUCCCCGCCCAUCUUCUGUUGUACAUACUGUUGAUUUAUUUGUGAGGGAGCGGAUUGAAUUUCUCUUUAUCCCUUUCUAAACUGAUCGUGUCUUUUGUAUAAUGUAUCACUGUGUGGAUGGUUAUGACGAAAUCAUGGAAUGCUUUAUAAUGAC